AUGGUCAAAUUGCGUGUUGCCGCGAGGAUUCUCUCGGAAGACGACUACCUCAAAAGUCUUCAAGGAUCUACCAAUUUACCCGUCAAAGGCGAGAAGCGGCUGGUUGUGGUUGUGCGAGAGCCAUACAAAUGGCAGAUUGGAACUCUGGCCCUCGAGGUGCAGAGAGCGUACCAAAGCUGCUACCAACAGGAGCUCCCGACCAUCAAGUACCUCAAGGACAACGCAGACGACUGCGAUCUAGACCCUCGAGCAUACGUGUCGGAUCUCCUCCUCGACGAAGGCAAGGCUCAAAUCGAUGCAUGCGACCAGCGCGUCACCAUCAAGGUCAUCCUCGAGCAAGGUCGGACCCUGCGAGAAGGAUCUGUCGCAAUUGGUAGUCAGUUGGACGACCCUGAAUAUCGAAUCCAACUCGAGAAGAUCUCACGUCCGCCCGUGCCCACCUUCCCGAGUCUUCCUUCCUCGCUGGGCAAACGUCCAUCUCCUAUCGGUGGCGAAUACCUCUCCACGGCGAACGCGAGCAAGAGACCCCGACAAGUCGAGAUACCAGAGACACAAAGAGAAGAUCAAGCUCCAAUCUCAUCGAUUGAGCGUGACGACGUCCAAGGGUCACUUGAGUUGGUGGCGGGCACACAGUUUACAAAUCCGGAUCAAGAGCUGGGACGGCAGCAGACACUCCUCAGGCCUAAACAGGAGUCUCCUAGACUGCGGAGAUUACUGCACGAUGUCUCUCCUGCGCGGAUUGACGAGCUUGAGGAAUUAUCAGAACAGCCUCCAACCUUUGGGUCAAACAAGAGACCGAGGAACAGGCCGGUAUAUCCACCAGACUCUCGUGAAUCGCGUCCGCCAAAUGGUCUCCUCUCAUCAAGCGAUUCAUUUGGGCAGCUGCAGAAGCGCUUACAAGGACCUAUUACACCCCCUUCAGAAACGUCAAGAAGACUUUCGACUUCUGCGAACCUGCAAUGUCGAGGUACAGAAGAGACGGCAAAAUCUGCUGCCCAGUCAGCAUCAGCAUCGGCUAGCAAGUUCAAGAGACGUGAGACAUAUCCCGAGUCGGAUAUUGAUGAUUCUCAAAUGUCGCCACGCUCGCGACAAGCACAACUGAGUAAUCGAAACUCAAAGGGCCGAUUGUCGCACAUUGAGGACCUACAGUCUCCCCGGGAACAGGGAGAAGGCGAUAAGUGGCUCAGCAUCAGCCAAGCAAUGGAUGUUCUGGAUGAUGAAUCUGUGUUCGAGGACGUCCGCCCCAGUGUUCAAUCCGUGCCAGCGCCGGAGCCCGUCUCGGGCAAACCGAAUACAGAGCCAAAUGACGAAAUUGAAAACAGUAUCUAUGAAGACGCCGACACGGGAUACGACCAGCAUUCAGGCCUGGUAGAUCCGACGGCGUCCAAAUAUCCAGAAAGCAAGGGGGCCGCGGAAUCUCAGCAAGUAAAUGGCGAAGACAAAGAAAACGAACCGUCGCAUGCGAUGUAUAAUACGCCCAGCCAGGACAUCGUAAAGGGCAUGCUUUCUGAAGGUGCUGCAUCGAGGACGCAGGGCAACAUUCACGAUGCAAAGUCGGCAGGCUGGGCAAAGGAUGAUAACCCUCUUGAGGCUAGACCGGAGGCGAAGAGGUCUCGGAAACGGAAGUCGGAUACCUUCAGUAUGAAUUCAAGCCGGCGAAGUUCUGUACAGGGACCCGCCCAGUCUGUUGGAGACAACGUAGAUAAGCAAGCUGAGAAAGCGCCGAAGCCUGGCAAGAAAGCCAAGGCAUCGCAGACGACGACAUCCGCUCGUGACAGUCCUGGAGAGCAAUUGUCGCAGAAUCUUCGAGAAUCGACGGGGACUCGAACGUCCUUGGAUGCUCCGAACAAGAAACUCACGAGGGCACAAAAGAAAGCUGCGGUCACAACACCUGCAAGAAGAAGGAUACCAGGGAAAGAUUCCGAGGGACCCGAUUCUGUGAUGUCACGUUCCACAGCGUCCAAGAAAGAUGUAUCGCUCACGACGCCUACGGAGCGGAUCAAGAACCAAAAGUUGCCCGAGAAGCCAGCAUUGCCGAUGACAGAUUCAGAGAUGCGUGGAGCCGACUCUUCUCCCAGUAUCGUUCUUCGAGCUUCGCGUCAGGACGAUGAGAAUGCCAAUGAAUUAAUGAAGCCUCUUCCGAACUGGAACUCUGGGCCGGGUGUAGCUGACAAGCCGGGUUCUUCAGUCAUGAGUAAAGCAGCUGGGAUCGAUGCUGAUAAACAAACCGACUCUGGAAAGAGUCCACACUUUGGUCUAGGCUUGACUCCCGAAGAGAUCAAGACCAUGGAAAGCCGCAAAGGCAUGACCAAAGAACAGUAUGAAGCGGAGAAGAAGCGGAAGCAACAGGAGGCGAAGAAGAAGGCUGAAUCACAGAAGUGGCAAGAAAUGGCCGCUAAGAUGAAGCCCAUCCCCGACGUGUCAACAAACAAAACCCCAAGGCCGCAACACCUCGAAACCCCUGAACCGCAUCCUGCCAUGCCACUGGCGAAGAACACGGCUUCUAAGAAUCACUCUGUGGAGGAUAAUUCAUGGAUUCUUAAGAGAACAAAAGCAGACGUGACUACUGAGACUAAAGAAGCGGAACACGAGCCAAGAAGACCUAGCGCAGGGAAGGCAAACUCCUCACUGCGCGAGUCCUCCGGCACGAGCUUUUCGCAUGUUCAAAUUCCCGAUUCGAGAGUGCCACCGAAAACGCCUGCAAAGGCACGAGCAAAAAGCCCUUCCGUAAAGCCAUCCACGGUCAGCAAGACGCCUAAAUCAAGUGUCCAGCCACAAUCGACAGAGAAAGCAUCAUCGACAAACUCUUCUGUGGCUAGGAAAUCCACACCAGCACCGAUCGCGGAGACCGAGUUAUUAUCGAAAGAAGGAAAGGCAGCAGCAGCCAAAACCCCUCAACCGAGAAAACCGACGUUAGAAACGGCUAAGCGCCUAGUCGAUCUCCAUGAGGUGGUCCGCAGUGCAAACAAAUCAGCCAGCAAGGCUACAACGGACAGUCUGCUUUCUCGCGUGAACGCGGCGAAACAGAGACAGAAGCCACUGAUCUUUAAUAUUGACGACGAUGACGAGGAGAGUGACGACAGUGAAGAGGAUGACGAAGAGGAGGUCAAGGUUGUAGCCGCUCGAAAGAUAGGUCAGCAACAUGAGAACAACAACACGAAAGAGAACAAUGACAAUGGCAAUGAUAGUGACGACGAUGACUCCUCAUCCUCGUCCUCAUCGCCAUCGUCAUCAUCGUCAUCGGACGGAGAUGCGAAGGACGAGAAGAGCAUCAACGACGGGAACAGAGCGAGCCAAACGAAGGGGGAAAUACUCGGUCGAUCUGCCCCGAGUCUUCGAGACAAGAGUGGCCAGUCGGAUGACGACGAGAGCGACAGUGACAGCGAGUGA